UCGGUCAUACACAACGGUUAAUCGCGCGCGUUUAUCAAAGAAAAUUUUAGAAUUUUUGAAGUCUGUUGUUAAAAAAUAAAACAAAUAACAGAAAUAUAAAGUUAUAAAUUACUUUUUUGCAAAAAGUAUUUCUGCAUUGUUGUUGCUUGGCUGUAAAUUUGAAAAUUUAAAAUAACAAACAGCCGAAACGACUGCUUUGAGCAGACGCUCGUGAGGCAGCGGCAACCGACAACUGUCAAAGUGGCUAAAUGAUACCAAAAAUAAACAAACAACAACAAAAAUAGCAAUAACAAUAGGUAAACAAAUAACAGACGGCAAAUUAUAACAAAACAACAACGAAGUUAAAAGCGUCGUGCAGAGUCGUAGGCAAAGCAAGCCAAGCGUAGCGCGUCGAAACGGAGCGAAUCGUGUGUUGAAGCUGUGCGAGUGCUUCGAAUUUCAACAAAAAUUUUGAAAUAAAAAUUAAAAAGAAUUUACUUUACUAGUUUUUGAAAAAAGUGCAAAAUUCUAUAAGUAGCGGAAACGGAUAUUGCGUGCUGUACUGUGUCUAUUUUAUUGCAAAAAAAUAACAACAACAACACAUGUGUUCAGUGUCUCUUAAAUAUACAACUCGAAAAUAACCACAAAUGCGGUAAAAUUUGCUAGAAAUUAGCAAAGCAAAGUACACACAUAUGUAUACAUAUGUGCAUGAUUCUGGACAGCCAGUCACUGUCUGCUCUGCAGCCAUAACAACAAAGUGUACGCGCCAGUGUUUGUAUGUGUGCUGUAAAAGCAAAAACGAAAUUAAGCGAUAAAGUGAAGCAACGUGAGGCAAACAGAAAACGCCGAAAAAUUCGAAGGCAGCAAAAAUACAAAUAAAACAACAACAAAUAUUUGAAGCUAAAACAACAAUUACAAAAGUGUCAAAUAAAGCAUUGGCGCUAUUUGUGUGGCUCAAACUAACCGUAUUUAAGAAAUGUGUUAAAAACUCCCUGUAUGUUGAAAACUUUCUUUAAAAACCAACAACAAAAUGCCAAAAAUAAUUUCAAAGUGUUAAAAGUGCAAUAAGAGUUCGAAAACCAUCACGAAAACAACAAUAGCAGCAGCAAAAUGUCAACCGACACCAGUAUGAACGCCAACAAUAAUGCCUACGAGGCCUCCAAAGUGGAGGUUAUCGUUUUGGCCAAAUCCGAUAAGACGCUAAAAAACAAUAUGGACGCCAAAGAUGAAACCAUGCGCAAGCGCACAUCACUAAUCAUCGUGCCACAGCCUGUAGAUGAGUUGUCAGAUCGCGAUAACAAUCUUACCAGCUCUACGAUCGAUAAUGACAACUGCAAUGAGACAGUCGAUAACAUUAACAGUGAUAACAUUAACAGUGAUGACAGCAAAACUACACAAACAAAUAAUGCCACAAAGCAGCAGCCCCGAGAAUCCUCGAUUAGCUCGACUAAUUCCAAUGGCGGCAUGGAGGAUGAUGAAGUAGACGAUGUUGACUAUCUGAAGAAGUCGCUCGACAACGAUAACAAGCGCAAUCGCCAUUCCAUCGCUAGUGUGGACAGCUGUGUGUCACGUUCCACACGCACCAGCAGCACUGAUACGAGCACCUCGUCGGGCGAUGAUGUCGCCAUCGAUGACUACAACGAUCUCGAGGAAAAUGGCAACCUUAUCGAUGAUCUCGAUGAUGGUGAUCGCAAGAAUUGUCUAUCGAAUGCUUCAUCUUCCAUCGACGACUAUUCGUUGCGUGAAAAAUUGCAUAACUAUGUCAAUGAGGCGCUGGUGAAGGACGAGGGUAGCACCUGUGGCGAUCAAUGCACCAGCUCAGAUGCCGAUGAAGUGAUCACCGAAGAGAUGGAGGCGAUCGACGAGUCGGUGGAGGAGGAUGAGGCGGAUGUAGCGCCUGCCGAACCGCAGAGUCUGCCACCCUGUGAUGCGCUCUUGAGUCCCCAAGAGGUGCCGAUGGGACGUCGCUACGCGGAAGUAUCGCAAUUUAAGGCCAACAAGUGGACCUCCGACUCCAGCACACAGUUGACCACAUCGGCCGUGCCGCCAGCAACAACACUGAAUCAAUUAAAGUCCACAACGGCUACAGCGGCCGCAGCAGCAACAGGCAAUGCGGCACACAACAAUAAUAAUAAUAGCAACAACAACAACUGCAAUAGCAAUAACACAGCCGGUAAUCGACGUCUGCCAUUCUGUGGUUUAGAUUCCAUUAAAGGAAGUGACAGUAAUGGCAUGGGCGAUGGUGUUGUUGGUGGUGCCACCAAUUUAUGCUUCGAUUUGCAUGGUAGCAACAGCGGCGGCAUUAACACCAGCAAUCGGCACACUGGCGCUGGACUCGGCGGCACACACGAUGGCGUUCAACAUCAUGAUAACAUAUCAGAGCAAUUUCACUCGCUGGAUGCGGCAGAUAGCAGCUGCUGUGGCGAUGAACAGUUCGAGGAUGAUAUGCAGGCCUUGUUGCCGAAAUGCAAGCGUUACUCGGGAGAUGAACUCAGUCAGUCACGUACAUCUCUGGUCUCCAGUUCGGAUGGUGGCAUUUUGGCCGAAGGCGAAACCUCAAGCGAAACAUCACGCGGCACCGACGAAUGCCCGCCCUGUGACUUGAGCCUGAUGGAGCGUCUGCUGCUGACACAUCCAGUAUGGUUUCUAACCGGCAUACAGCGCUCCGGUGCGGUACAUUUUCUACAAGGCAAGGAGGAGGGGAAUUUCAUUGUGCGCGGCUCCAGUCAACCCAACACUAUGGCCGUUUCGGUGCGUCUGCCUCCGGACACUGGUCCCUACAUUGAACACUAUUUGAUACAAUCAAACGACGGCAUAUUGAGCUUGGAGAGCUCGCGUUUCACAUUCGAUUCGAUACCGGCACUGAUCGCACACUAUGCACAAUGCUGCGAUGAGCUGCCGGUACAAUUAGUACUGCCACGCGCUUUGCGCGAAGUUAAAAAUCGCCAACAACUCUCAUCACUGGCGCUCUUGGGUCAGGAGUUCUGGCGUUAUCCGAUGUCUUGCCCGAAGCCACAAGAGUCAGAGGCUAAUCUACUCGAUGCUAAAUCACCAAACUCAUUGACAGAGACCAGCGGCUUGGGCACAACGGUCUUCAGUAGCAAUUCUGCCGCACCACAAUCGUCUAAGAUCUUCAGUCCAACCAGUAAUCUGGCCGGUCUUUUCAGUCAGGCCGGCACGCCAUCGGAUACCACUUCGAGCAUGAGUUCUUUCACUACAAGCGGUGGUCCACAAAUGCAGCUAAUGAGUCCCGAAUCGGUGGACUCAGUAAUAUUAACAAUGUCACCGGUAGACGUUAAUAAUCAUUGUAACGGCAAUGCUACUUUAACGGCUGAUAGUGCAUCGGCUACGAAUGGCAAUCUCAGCACUUUUAAAUCGAAUAAUAUUCUGCCGGUAACAGCUAAAGGUAUUAAAAUGAACGCAGAUAAUGGCAUACGGCCACGACGUCCCAAGCCACCGAACACGCUGAAUUUAGACCUGCGCAAACCGCCGGCACCACCUUUGCGUUGCUUUAAGCCACUCACACCCAGCAGUCCACUACCAUCGGAACAUGGCUUGAGCGCGGCCAAUAAUUUCACGGUGACCACCACAGUCACAUUUUCAAUGGAGAACAAUAACUCACCACAUUUUGUCGAGGUAACCACGCCAGCGGCAGCAAAUAACAUGAUCACACCAAGCGCGCUCAACUCGAACGCAACUUUCCAAACAUUCUCGAAACGUCUCUCACCGGAGGGCGAAUGCAAAGACACGCUCUCUUCACAGGGUUCUUCGAAUGGCAGUCGCUGGCAAUCGCAGAGCAGCAAAGACUCGAAUCACAGCCAAAGGAAGAUACUAUCACCAUGCUCGGCCAGCACACCAACCAGCGCUAUGGGCAGCAGCGGCAGCAGCAAAUCACGACGCACCAAAAUGCGCAAAGAAUCCCAACACUACAAAGAGUCGGACAUAUUGGAAAGCCCACAAAUAUAUUGCCGCAGCGCGUUGGGCGAUAAAAUUAGCGACUAUGAAGAUCUAUGGACACAAGAAUCCAACGAACGUACUGGCCUGCUCACGAGUUUUAAACCCACCGAAGGUGCACAAGGAAAGCGUCCGGAUCUGCUCGCCGAAACACCCACAAUUACUUCCCUAAGCGCCAACUUGCUCUCACCUGCCAAUUCCACUGCCAACUCCGCCAGUCCGCCACGCAAUGGUGAUGCCUCGCCCACGCCCACGCCCACUGCCGAUGCCGAUGCUUGCGAUACCCAGCAACUGAUACAAUUCUCUGCCGAUGCACAGCCACGUUCGCGUGCUGGCCUACUCUUGCCCGGACUGAUGAGCCAAUCUCUCUCCGAAGAUCAAUUCAAGGUUUGCGAACCGACUGAAGGCGACACUACACCGACCGCAGACACGCCUGCCUCACGCAGCAAACAAGGUAGUCCCUUCUAUGCUGAACCAGCGGAUGCACUGCGUGAAGCCGGUCUCACAACUGCCAGCAUACUGCGUCGCUCUCAACGUGGUCCGCUCUUGCCAGCAAACCAUCGGCAUUCCGAACCGCCUAAAAGCGGUCUAGCGCGCACACCCAUGUGUCCGUUGUUGAUACCCAAAGAGUUCGAUAAAAUCGCUGGCAGUCUUGAUGAGUUGAAGAAAAAGCAACAACAACAGCAGCAACCGCAGGCGCAGCAAGCACCAGCACAACAACAGCCGACAAAACGGGCACGUGGCCGUUUUGACCAAUGGCAAUUGGAUAGCAGUUGGGAAUUUGUGCGCAAACAAGAUGGCGAUGGUGAUUAUGAUGAGAACGCAGCUGAGCAUAAUCCCAAUAACAAUUAUGGUGAUUACGAUACUGAGGAACAGUGGCGUCAGCAGCCAACAAGUACGCAGGAAAAAGAGAAUUCAUUGGGCCGUGAGGCCAACAAGGAAAAUAAGCAUAAACCGUUAACUGUACAUCAAAUAAUUGCAAAACACUUUCCCGAUUUAAAUCUGCCCGAGCUAAUACAUUGCUCUACUCCGCCACAACAAGCAUAUCUACAACAACAACAUAACGGCCAGAAUGGGCAAAAGCAAUUAAACGAACAUCACGGCAGCCAGAAAUCUUUCGACAGUCAGACUGGUAGUCGCCUCUCGUCCUACGACAAUGUCGGCGGCACAUAUUCUUUUUGCCAGUCAUAUUGCAACGGCAUUGAUUCGGCGCAAUCGGAUGAUGGUACAGUGUUCUCGGAACCGUGGGACUCAUCGCAAUGGGACUCCAUCAAUCCACAGGAUGAUGCCACCAUCACUUCGGACACCAUACACUUUUCGAAAUGUCGACCCGUCGUCUCAGAAGAUGAUACCAUAAUUGAAGAAUUGAGCACCAAAGAAAGUAAUCAAGACACAUUGAAAGCAAAGAAGUCGAAUAGCAGGCAAAAGGUUGCAACAAUUUUACGGAACCCAAGCAUGCGAGAUCGCGAAAUUUUGCGUCACCCACGCAACAAGUUGAACGCGCCCAACGGCGGUCCCGGCGAACUGGUGCGCGCUUGCACACUACAACUCGCACAAGAUCCGUGCUCCACAUUUGCGCGCAAUAUCGAAAACUUCAUCUCCUGCACUAAGGAGUCACGCGAAGCGGCGCCACAGGUCGUUAUGCGCAACAUGCGUCAGUUCAUGAACGGCAUGAAGAACUAUCUCGUGAAGCAUGGCGAGGGUAAAUUCCAUCAGGAAAUCGAAGCGGCGCGUUCGCGUCUCAAGGCGGACGAGUUUCUCAAUUUGGACGCCAUACUCGAGACUGUUAUGCAUGAAUUGGUUGUGCUGCCGCUGCGCGAACAUCUCUACGGCAUGUUCGUGGACUACUACAAACGCUCGGAGGACAUACAACUAUUGGCACAAAAUGUUAAAUACGCCUGCGGACGCAGUCCUGCUGAUUUUGGCAUACGCGCCACAGUUACGCCGCCAUCACCCACAUCAUUGCAAGCAAUUUCCGCAUUAUUGCAGCGCCUGCAAGAGGCCGAACUGCCGCUCGAAAAGCUAGAUCUAUUUCUGUGCAUCAUUUCAACAAUAUUUGAGGCCACCGGCUGUCCACGCGGCCAGCAGUUAGGCGCCGACGACUUCCUACCCGUGCUGGUAUAUGUGGUGGCCAAGUGUGGCUUCGUAGGCGCCGAGAUUGAGGCUGAAUUCAUGUGGGGCCUGCUGCAGCCGACAUUGCUGAGUGGCGAGGCGGGCUACUACUUGACGGCACUCUGCAGCGCUGUGCAUGUGCUCAAAAGCUUCAUGGCUUCGGAGAGCGAAAACGGCACGGGCUCGCUGGAUUGGCGCUCUUCCUCGCUGCCAGCCUGCUCAUCAGUGCUGCGCGUUAUCAUACCCGACGAAUGCAACGGCUCAUUGCAAACGCGUACACUGCCCGUGCGCCCACACACUACUACGCGCGACGUCUGCCGAAUCAUUGCACACAAGGCGCGCAUCACCAAUCCACAAGACUAUGCGCUCUUCAAGCUCGUCGAUGGCGAGGAAACGCUAUUGAAUGACGCCGAAUGCCCACAGGAUGUACGUUUCGCGUCAAAGGGCAAGCACUGCAUGUUGGCAUACAAGCGCAUUGACGCCAAAAUCGCUUGGCCCACGACGACCUAUUAGAAUAUGGUGUAAAAUUUGAAGUCGCUUAAGCGCUCUUAACGCAUAAAGCAAGAUUAUUUUGAAAUAAUCUCAAAAUUUGUGAAGCAAAGCAGCGCGCAAAAAGCUGUCUGGGAAACUUUUCGGUUGUUGGCACAAAAUCAAAAGCCUAAAGACAGCUAAGCAUGCGCAGUAGAGCAAAAACCAAUAAGAUAUUUCAUUAAGGCGCGGAUUAAUUUUAAUUAGUUGUAAUUGAAAUCAAAUCAUUAUGCACCAUUGCUCACUAAUCACACUCAUUGUGUUUAAUCAUACAAACACAUAUACAUAUGUAGUUAUAUAUGUAUAUGUUUGUAUUUACGACUAUACUAAACAGUAUUGCGAUAAGUUAGUUGUAGGCGAAAGCACACACACACACCAUAAUAUAUGUGUGUUGUGACAUAGUAUAAGCUUACUAUAUAAAUGUAUGUAGCUAGUUGUAUAUGAAGUGAGACUACUGACUAAUGACACUUAAUGUAAUAAUUCGAAUUAAUUUUGUACACUUAACGAACACUGAACAAUUGCGUUUACAAAUCAAAACAAAAAACAAUAUUGAGGAAGAGAACAAUUGUAAGACAAAUUUAUGAAUAAAAAAUAUAAAUAAUUAUUUUAAUGUAUUCGAAAUAUAUAAUUUUUAAUUUGAAUUAAUGUCGAAAUAAACUUAAAAAAUGCUCAACAGCAUUAGUGAAAAUAGAAAAAACGUACACCAUAAAUCGGCAUUAAAAAGUUAAAAAAGCUAAUUAAGCACUAAUAAUGUAUGAAUUUAAAAUUGGCAUAACUAAAAUGUUAAAAAAAUUAAACCAAAAAGUAAAAAAGCAAAAUUAAUGCGCAAAAACUAAUUAUAUAACAAUUAACAAUUUAAGAGUUACCAUACUAGUUGCUAAUUUGUAAAUGAAAGUGUACCCAAAUAUCCUAUUUUAUAUGUAAAGUGUUUAAAUGCUUAAAACUUCACCCUAUGUUGUGUAAAUAUUCAUAAGAUUUGUAUAAAGAAACAACACGAUAAAUAUACUUACAUAUUUCAAACUAAUUUAAAUACAUUUUAUUUAUUUUUUCAGUUAAAAAAAUUUAUUUCAGAUUAUUUAAUAAAAUUAAGGUGUUAUAUACAGUUAGAAGGCCAAAAACAGCGAAUUUUUCAGAUAUUUUUCUGAGCAAACUUUUUAAAAAUAUUGAAACAAAAAUUUGUACACAUUUUAUGGCAAUUUGUAACUGUAUUUUAAGACUUAGUACUAGUAAAAAUAUUUAUUUAGAAAGGAACUACAGCUGAUCUGCGGCAGCUCCUCUCAAAAAAUACGUUUAGCGGUGACCACUAAAUCUCUGAACUGGAUCCUAUGAAAUCAAAAAACCAAACAGAUUUCGUUAAAGUAAUGUAAGAAAAAAAAAUAAAAUAAAAAAAUAAAGUAAUAAUAAAAUCUUAAAGCAAAUCGAAGGAAUAAGCAAAAUAAUAUUGUUUCACAAAAUGGCGGUUUCUAAAAAAAAUCGAUUUCGAAAAUAUUCACCGGAACUUUCUGUGUGUAUUCUUAAAUACACACAUUAACAUUAAGAAAAUAAAAUAAAAAAUCGAUUUUUUGCAAAUUCUAGUAUAUAAUAACUCCUUAAAGGAAAAAUAAACAUCUAAAGAAAUAAAGCGCAGAAGUAGUGACAAAUAAAGUUAUUAUUUAUUAUUAUUUUUAUAUAUUAUUAUUAUUUUACAUUUUAUUAUAUUUUAUUAUUAUUUCUAUAACUGAUUAUUAUUACUGCUUUUAUUAUUUUAAUUUAAACAGUUUGUAUGUUCCGUUUCAUUUGAAGCAUUUUAAAAAUUUCGGAGUUAUUUUCUUGAGUGAACGCCGAGCAGGCUCACGAGUAGUGCAUUAUUUUGUUAUUUGUAUUAUUAUAUGUUUAUGUUUUGUUUUCAAAUACAAUUACGUACCAUUUACUUUGCCGGGGGGUUGUUCUAAAGCUUACUGAUCCAAACGAGGUUAGAUCUUCGAAAGCACAGCCCUUGGCCGGAUAAAAUCCAGAUCAAUUCCAGUAGCGUAGAACCGGCUGUUAUGAUUAUCGUCGAGAAGUUGUUUUCCUGAGUGACUAGCGACACUGCUGGCACUAGAUUUAUAAUUAUUUCUGCGGGUAUUUUAAUUUUAAAAAUAUUUUUGCGCCAUUUACACUGCUAUAUUCUCGGCUCAGUGCUAUUUUAUUAAGCGACGACGACAUAUCGACAGGGAAAACCUAUAUAAAUAUGGCAUUUACUAAUAAUUAUUUUGCAAUAAAAAAAGAAAUUCAAUUCGCAUGUGAGUUUUCUUGAAUAUAACAGCAAACUAACGUGCAAAAUUGUGUUAAAAACGUUACAUAUUCCGCCGCAAGCAACGCUGUAUAAGUAUUCCUGUUGAAUAAUAUCAUAUAACCGAUCAAAAUAUGUUAUAUGUACUAACACGUGAAUUAAGUUAAACUCAUAGAAACUAAAGUCUAAAUGCUGGUCUCUUUGGAAAAAGGAAGCGGGAAAACAGCGUUCAAACAAUUUGGAGCAAUGCUCGCAAAUUACUUACCCUAAGCCGAUUAUACCAUAUAAAUAAAAUAAGUGUAGAUUUCGGUUUCGUAUAU